CCCAUAGUGAGGCGCUGGUUUCUUGUGGCGCGGAAAGUGCCUCUGCCUCCGCUCUUCUUGGCAGGGGAAAGAGGCUUGCUUUCUGCAGCUUAUGUGGACAGUCACAAGUGGGAAGCAAGAGAAAAAGAACAUUGUCACCUCGCUGAUCUAGCAUCUUUAAUGGAUAAAACAUAUGAGAGAAAGUUGCCUGUUAGUUCUCUAACAAUAUCACGGUUUGUGGACAACAUUUCCUCUAGAGAAGAGGUAGACCAUGCAGAGUAUUACCUUUAUAAGGGUGGGCAAUGCGAAAGUAGCAACAUACAAAACAAUUCUGUAUUUCGACACAGCCCCAACUGCUGGUACCUGAGAGAUUGGACUAUCCACACCUGGAUUAGACAGUGUCUAAAAUACGGUGCACAAGACAAAGCCUUAUAUACCCUUGUAAAUAAGGUCCAGUAUGGAAUUUUUCCAGAUAACUUUACAUUCAAUUUACUGAUGGAUUAUUUCAUAAAGAAAGAAAAUUACAAAGAUGCUUUAACCGUAGUUUUUGAGAUCAUGAUGCAAGAAGCCUUUGAAGUACCUUCCACCCAGCUUCUGUCCCUCCAUGUUUUAUACCAUUGCCUGGCCAAGAAGACAGAUUGCAGUUGGGAAGAGGAGAGGAACUUUGGUGCAUCCCUAUUACUCCCAGGCUUAAAGCAAAAGAACUCGGUGGGGUUGAGUUCCCAGUUGUAUGGCUAUGCACUUCUUGGGAAGGUGGAGCUUCAGCGAGGGCUGCGGGCUGUGUACCAUAACAUGCCUUUGCUGUGGAAACCUGGCUACCUUGACCGAGCCCUUCAAGUGAUGGAGAUGGUGGCCUCGUCCCCGGAUGAUGGGAAGCUGUGUGCAGAAGCGCUGGCUAUGCUGGACAGAACACUGAAAGCUCUGACUGCUCCAGCCCCCGCGGCUUCGGAGGAACAGCCCCAAGAAGGGGAAGACAGCCGGGGCUCAGAAGACCUGGUGGAGCAGCUGGACGUGGAGGAGACCGAACAGUCCAAGCUUCCCUGGUAUCUGGAACGAUUUAAGGACUUGCACUCUAAGCUUGAGGCCCUGGGCCGAAUUGAGUCAGAAAGCCUUUUGGCUCUGACCACCCAGCUCAUCAAGGAACAGCUCCCCACCUGUGAAGCCGAGGACAUCGCAGCCUACGAGCAGAAGCUGCAGCAGUGGCAUCUGGAGCGGGUACACUUGAUUCAGAGGGAAGAGGAACAGAGGGAGAGGGCAAAGCAGGAGUAUGAGGCCCGGAGAGCAGCAAAGGCAUCUGCCUAACAGGCCCCCAGCGCUCCAGGCCCCAGCACAAGAACUUCACUAGCCCCGUCCCAGGACUCACGGGCAGCCUCAGCCUGAGGGCAGCCUCAGCCUCCUCCAUCCGCCCCUCCUUUGCCUAAAGCAGGCCGUUUGCGGUAUCAGAGCCACAGUUGUCAAUGUAUGAAGGCACUGACUUCCCAUCACAUGCCGUGGAGGGCUGCAGAGCUGUGAGUGGCAAGCAGUCAGACUGAAGCCCCAGCUACAUACCUUAAACAAGGUGCACCUGAGGCCUAUGGGGGGGGGCAGUUCUGGGGUCCAGGAUCAGUUUUGAACAGUGAAAACUCUUGAUCCAUAGCGGUGGUAGAGGGAGAGACUGGUUGAACAGCAUGGCAUUGAGCACAGGCUUUUGAAUGGUGUCUCGCCAGUGGCAGAGUACACGUCCUAAGCCUCAUCCCCCUCCAUGGCCUCCCAGCCUGAGCUGGGUGUGGGAUGCCCACGUAUCUCACCUUCUCCUUCCCCUGUGUCUCUUCUCUGCAGACCUGAACUUGGGGGAAAUUGAGGACAGGAGUGAACACCAUCAUGAGCCCACUGGCUUUCAAAUUUCAGGCACCCACGGUGAUAUUUUUAGAGUGGAAGGACUUCUGAGGGGAACGCUAGCUCUAGCUCCAAAGCCUCCUUGGCUUGGCUUCUCCAACAUGUUGGGGUAACUUCUUUCCAAAGCAUUCUGAGCUCCUUCCUCAAGGAGGUAAAGUGAGCUCUUUGUGUCCACAUGUGCACACACGUACAACUUGUCAAUACACAUUUCAAUUGCAGAAGUAGGAGAAAACGAGAGGCAGGAUGGGGCUUGUAGUACUUAGGAGACAUGCAUAAUUGUGCAACUGUCAGGAGGUGGAAAUUCCUUCCUGAAGUUUCUCUGUGAAAGUGUUCAGGGGCAGCUCCUGUUUGCUGUGUAAUUUUGCCUUUAAGCACUGUUGUUCAAGGUUGUGCUGUUAUCAAGAACUUGUGGAAAUAAAUGUCCUGGGAUUC